ACUUUGGUUUUAAUGAAAAAAAAUAAUUGCUUUUUGUUCAAAAUAAUUUCUCUAUUAAUAUCAUAUGAGUAAAAAUUAAUUUAGGAUUUAAUGACGUGGCCUCUUGUCUCCCCCCAAUCCCCCGCACCGCAUGGCUCUGAUUUCUUGAGACGUGGCCUUACACCUUCCACAGAAGUCAGAACCAGUUUCCCAGCUCCUCCUUUACUUUUUCUUCUUCUUCCUUCUGGUUCUGUUGGUCUUCACAACAGUCAAAGCUAUGGCGGGUUCUCUUCUUGUGAAUGGCUUAAGAACUCUGUUCUUCGUAUUGGGGUCGGCUAUGGUGGUCACUCUCAUCUACACCAUUUCUGUAGACGGCCUCCCUUUCCGCAUGGACGUUCUCACCCCGUGGAUGACAGCAACUUUGAUUGAUUUCUACAUCAAUGUUGUUCCUUUGGUGGCUUGGGUUUCCUACAAGGAAUCAAAUUGGAUUAGUUCAACGGUUUGGAUAAUUCUGCUUAUUUGCUUUGGCAGCAUUGCAACGUCUUUUUACAUAUUUGUGCAAUUUAUCAAGUUAUCUCCGGAAGAAGCUUUACAAGAUCCAAUCUACCAUGUUCUGUUGCAACAUUCAAACAAGGAUAGCACAAAACAAAAGGAGAAACACUCCCCUGUGGCGAUUUUAAGGAUCUUGUUUAGUUUCUUGGGGUGCUUUAUGCUAGGAACUUUGAUCUACACAAUUGUGACUGAUGGUUCACCGUUCCGCAAAGAGCUUUUUACACCGUGGAUGACAGCUACACUAAUUGAUUUCUAUAUAAAUGUUGUGGCUCUAUCGGUUUGGGUUGCCUAUAAAGAAGCAAAUUGGAUUAGUGCUUUCCUUUGGAUAAUUCUUUUGAUAUGUCUUGGAAGCAUCAUCACAUGUGCAUACAUUGUUAGAGAAUUGUUUCAGAUUACUUGUCAAGAUCCAGUUUACCUUAUUUUAGUGAAACGUGAGGACAGGGCAGAAAACAGGUAUGAGAGACCUGAACUGCACAAGAAGGUUUUGCCCUGAUUCCAGAGUACACUGAAACCACACAUUUCAAACUGCUUGCAUGGAGAAUUCUUUCUUCUUGUUUCUUAUGUUCACUACAAAUGCUGCUGAUAUAUGUUAGAUUAUGUAAAUAUUCUUUCUUCUUGUUUCUUAAUGUUCACCACAAAUUACUUGCAAUUCUACAAACCAUCUCUUAAUGCUUGAUGAUAUUCUUUCACUACA